AUGGCGGCACAGCAAACAAAAGCAGACCUGCUCGAUUUACCCAAGAAAGCUGCAGCAGUAAAGCAGAUCCAACUAGCCUCUUCUGCCAAAGACCGCAAAAGACUGUCGGAGGAGACGUUAGAAACAAGCAACAAUUUGCAAAAUACGGAAAAGUUGAAACCCAACGACAAAGCUGGGAGGGGAGAGACUUAUAGAAAUCUUGGCAUUGUCCAUCAAAAUUCAAGCGAUUUUCAUGAGGCCAUUGAGUACCACGAGUGCCAUCUGCAAACUGCAAAAGAAGGGGAGGAUAAAGCUGGACAAGAACGGGCUUAUGGAAAUCUUGGUAAUGACUUAAAAUGCUUAGACGAUUGUCAUAACAAGUGUUAUGAAUGUCAUCCACAAACUACAAGAGAAUUGGGAGGCAAAGCUAGAAAAGGACGGGCUUAUGGAAAUCUUGGCAUUGCCUAUAGGAGUUUAGGCGAUUAUCAUAAGGCUAUCGAGAACCAUGAGCGUCAUCUACAAUUUGCAAAACAAGCUAUCGAGUACCUUAUGCAUAAUCUACAAAUUGCAAGAGAAGUAGGAAAUAAAGCUGGAGAGGGACAGAGUUUUGGAAAUCUUGGUAAUGUCUAUGAUAGCUUAGGUGAUUUUCGCAAGGCAAUCGAGUACCAUGAGCAUCAUCUAAAAAUUACAAGAGAAGAGAGAGACAAAGCUGGAGAAGGAAGGGCUCUUGGAAAUCUUGGCAAUGCCUAUCAUAGCUUAGGAGACUUUCAUAAGGCUAUCGAGUACCUUAUGCAGGAUCUAAAAAUUGCAAGAGAAGUAGGAGAUAAAGCUGGAGAGGGACAAACUUAUGGAAAUCUUGGCAAUGCCUAUUUUAGUUUAAGCGAUUUUCAUAAAGCAGUCGAGUACCAUGAGCGUCAUCUACAAAUUGCAAGAGAAGUGGGAGAUAAGGCUGGAGAAGGAAAGGCUUAUGGAAAUCUUGGCAUUUCCUAUGAUAACUUAGGCGAUUACAAUAAGGCAAUUGAGUACCAUAAGCAUGACCUAGAAAUUGCAAGAAAAGUGGGAGACAAGGCUGGAGAAGGAGGGGCCUAUGGAAAUCUUGGCAAUGCCUAUUACAGCUUAGGCAAUUUAGAAAAGGCAAUCGAGUACCAUAAGCGUCAUCUACAAAUUGCAAUAGAGGUAGGAAACGAAGCUGGAGAAGGAGCGGCUUAUGGAAAUCUUGGCAACGCCUAUAAUAGUUUAGGCGACUUUCACAAGGCAAUCGAGUACCAUAAGUGUCAUCUACAAAUUGCAAUAGAAGUGGGGGAUAAAGCUGGAGAAGGACGGGCUUAUGGAAAUCUAGGCAUUGCCUAUGGAAACUUAAACGAUUUUCAUAAGGCUAUCAAGUACCAUGAGCGUCAUCUACAAAAAGCAAAAGAAGUGGGGGAUAAAGCUGGAGAGAGACGGGCUUAUGGAAGUCUUGGCAAUGCCUUUCAUAGCUUAGGCAACUUUCGUAAGGCAAUCGAGUACCGUGAGCGUCAUCUACAAAUUGCAAAAGAAGUGGGGGACAAGGCUGGAGAAGGAGAGUCAUACGGUAAUCUUAUCUUAUACUCUUAA